UUUCUCCUACUUUAGAUCUAUCCAUACUAAUGGAAAUGUAACUGGAACUGACUCUGAUGAUAAAAUCAAGGACCAUCAGGCAAGAUCAUGCAGUAGGAAUCUUUGCUUCCAAAUGAAGACACCGAUAUUUAGAAUUUCUACUUAUUCUAAGUUGUUUGCCUAAUUGGCCUUAAAUGAGGUGAGAGUGAAGAGACUAGAGCCACCUCUGGAAAACAUCGUUGCCCCAUUCCCUUGGAAGCUACCCUCCGGAGCACUAGAUUUGACCAUAUCUGUUUUGAGGACUCAUUAUGAACAAAGAAGUCUCCCAGGUGUGAAGUUUUUCAACAUGAGUGGCCUUGGGGACAGUUCAUCCGACCCUGCUAACCCAGACUCACAUAAGAGAAAAGGAUCGCCAUGUGACACACUGGCAUCAAGCACUGAAAAGAGGCGCAGGGAGCAAGAAAAUAAAUAUUUAGAAGAGCUAGCUGAGUUAUUGUCUGCCAACAUCAGUGACAUUGACAGCUUGAGUGUAAAACCAGACAAAUGCAAGAUUUUGAAGAAGACAGUCGAUCAGAUACAGCUAAUGAAGAGAAUGGAACAAGAGAAAUCAACAACUGAUGAUGAAGUGCAGAAAUCAGACAUCUCGUCGAGUAGUCAAGGAGUGAUAGAAAAGGAAUCCUUGGGACCUCUUCUUUUAGAGGCUUUGGAUGGAUUUUUCUUUGUUGUGAACUGUGAAGGGAGAAUUGUAUUUGUGUCAGAGAAUGUGACCAGCUACUUGGGUUACAAUCAAGAGGAAUUAAUGAAUACCAGUGUCUACAGCAUACUGCACGUGGGGGAUCAUGCGGAGUUUGUGAAGAAUCUGCUACCAAAAUCACUUGUAAAUGGAGUUCCUUGGCCUCAAGAGGCAACACGACGAAAUAGCCAUACCUUUAACUGCAGGAUGCUAAUUCACCCUCCAGAUGAGCCAGGCACCGAGAACCAAGAAGCUUGCCAGCGGUAUGAAGUAAUGCAGUGUUUCACUGUGUCACAGCCAAAAUCAAUUCAAGAGGAUGGAGAAGAUUUCCAGUCAUGUUUGAUUUGUAUUGCACGGCGAUUACCUCGGCCUCCAGCUAUUACGGGUGUAGAAUCCUUUAUGACCAAGCAAGAUACUACAGGUAAAAUCAUCUCUAUUGAUACCAGUUCCCUGAGAGCUGCUGGCAGAACUGGCUGGGAAGAUUUAGUGAGGAAGUGCAUUUAUGCUUUUUUCCAACCUCAGGGCAGAGAGCCAUCUUAUGCCAGACAACUAUUUCAAGAAGUGAUGACUCGUGGCACUGCCUCCAGCCCAUCCUAUAGAUUCAUAUUGAAUGAUGGGACAAUGCUUAGCGCCCACACCAAGUGUAAACUUUGCUACCCUCAAAGUCCAGACAUGCAGCCUUUCAUCAUGGGAAUUCACAUCAUCGACAGGGAACACAGUGGUCUUUCUCCUCAAGAUGACACUAAUUCUGGAAUGUCAAUUCCCCGAGUAAACCCUUCCGUCAAUCCUAGUAUCUCUCCAGCUCAUGGUGUGGCCCGUACAUCUACAUUGCCACCAUCCAACAGCAACAUGGUAUCCACCAGAAUAAACCGCCAACAGAGCUCAGAUCUUCAUAGCAGCAGUCAUAGUAAUUCUAGCAACAGCCAAGGGAAUUUUGGAUGCUCACCUGGAAAUCCGAUUGUAGCCAGUGUUGCCUUAAACCAGGGACAGGCCAGUUCCCAGAGCACUAAUCCAUCUGUAAACCUCAAUAAUUCUCCCAUAGAAGGUACAGGAAUAUCCCUCACACAGUUCAUGUCUCCCAGGAGACAAGUUAGUUCUGGAUUGGCAACAAGGCCCAGGAUGCCAAACAAUUCAUUUCCUCCUAAUAUUCCAACAUUAAGCUCCCCUGUUGGCAUGACAAGUGCUGCUUGUAAUAAUAAUAACCGAUCUUAUUCAAACAUCCCAGUAACAUCUUUACAGAGUAUAAAUGAAGGACCCAAUAACUCUGUUGGCUUCUCUGCCAGUUCUCCAGUCCUCAGGCAGAUGAGCUCACAGAAUUCACCUAGCAGAUUAAAUAUACAACCAGCAAAAGCUGAGUCCAAAGAUAACAAAGAGAUCGCAUCCAUUUUAAAUGAAAUGAUUCAGUCUGAUAACAGCUCUAGUGAUGGUAAACCUCUGGAUUCUGGGCUUCUGCAUAACAAUGACAGACUCUCAGAUGGAGACAAUAAAUAUUCUCAAACCAGUCAUAAACUAGUGCAGCUUUUGACAACAACUGCAGAGCAGCAGUUACGGCAUGCUGAUAUAGACACAAGUUGCAAAGAAGUACUGUCUUGCACAGGGACUUCCACCUCUGCCUCUGCUAACUCUUCAAGCGGUUCUUGCCCCUCCUCUCAUAGCUCACUGACAGAGCGGCACAAAAUUUUACACCGGCUCUUACAAGAGGGUAGCCCCUCGGAUAUCACCACUUUGUCUGUCGAGCCUGAUAAAAAGGACAGUGCAUCUACUUCUGUGUCAGUGACUGGACAGGUACAAGGGAACUCCAGUAUAAAACUAGAACUGGAUGCUUCAAAGAAAAAAGAAUCAAAAGACCAUCAGCUUCUACGCUACCUUUUAGAUAAAGACGAGAAAGAUUUAAGAUCAACUCCAAACCUGAGCCUGGAUGAUGUCAAGGUAAAAGUGGAAAAGAAAGAACAGAUGGAUCCUUGUAACACAAACCCAACCCCAAUGACCAAACCUGCUCCUGAGGAGAUUAAACUGGAGUCCCAGAGCCAGUUUACAGCUGACCUUGACCAGUUUGAUCAGUUACUACCCACACUGGAGAAGGCAGCACAGUUGCCAGGCUUAUGUGAGACAGAGAGGAUGGAUGGUGCAGUCACCGGUGUAACCAUCAAAUCGGAGAUCCUGCCAGCUUCACUUCAGUCCACCACUGCCAGACCUACUUCCAGGCUCAAUAGAUUACCUGAGUUGGAAUUGGAAGCAAUUGAUAACCAGUUUGGACAACCAGGAACAGGUGAUCAGAUUCCAUGGACAAAUAAUACAGUGACAGCUGUAAAUCAAAAUAAACCAGAAGACCAGUGUAUUAGUUCACAAUUAGAUGAGCUUCUCUGUCCACCAACAACAGUAGAAGGAAGAAAUGAUGAGAAGGCUCUUCUGGAACAGCUGGUAUCCUUCCUCAGUGGCAAAGAUGAAACUGAGCUAGCUGAACUAGACAGAGCUCUGGGAAUUGACAAACUUGUUCAGGGAGGUGGGUUAGAUGUAUUAUCAGAGAGAUUUCCACCACAACAAGCAACACCACCUUUGAUGAUGGAAGAAAGACCCAACCUUUACUCCCAGCCUUAUUCUUCUCCUUCACCUACUGCCAAUCUCUCUAGCCCUUUCCAAGGCAUAGUCAGGCAAAAACCUUCUUUGGGAACUAUGCCUGUUCCAGUAACACCUCCCCGAGGUGCUUUUUCACCUGGUAUGGGCAUGCAGCCCAGGCAGACUCUAAACAGACCUCCAGCUGCACCCAACCAACUUCGACUUCAACUUCAACAGCGAUUACAGGGACAACAGCAGUUAAUACACCAGAAUCGGCAAGCUAUCUUGAACCAGUUUGCAGCAAACACUCCUGUUGGCAUCAAUAUGAGGUCAGGCAUGCAGCAGCAAAUUACACCUCAGCCACCCCUGAAUGCCCAGAUGUUGGCACAGCGCCAGCGGGAGUUGUACAGUCAACAGCACCGACAGAGGCAGCUAAUACAGCAGCAAAGAGCCAUGCUCAUGAGGCAACAAAGCUUUGGGAACAACCUCCCUCCCUCAUCUGGACUGCCAGUUCAAAUGGGGAACCCCCGUCUUCCUCAGGGUGCUCCACAGCAAUUCCCCUACCCACCAAACUAUGGUACAAAUCCAGGAACCCCACCUACUUCUACCAGCCCGUUUUCACAACUGGCAGCAAAUCCUGAGGCAACUUUGGCCAACCGCAACAGCAUGGUGAACAGAGGCAUGACAGGAAACAUGGGAGGACAAUUUGGCACUGGAAUCAAUCCUCAGAUGCAGCAGAAUGUCUUCCAGUAUCCAGGAUCAGGAAUGGUUCCCCAAGGUGAGGCCAACUUUGCUCCAUCUCUAAGCCCUGGGAGCUCCAUGGUGCCGAUGCCAAUCCCUCCUCCUCAGAGCUCUCUGCUCCAGCAAACUCCACCUGCUUCUGGGUACCAGUCACCAGACAUGAAGGCCUGGCAGCAAGGAGCAAUGGGAAACAACAAUGUGUUCAGUCAAGCUGUCCAGAACCAGCCCACACCUGCACAGCCAGGAGUGUACAACAAUAUGAGCAUCACCGUAUCCAUGGCAGGUGGAAACACAAAUGUUCAGAACAUGAACCCACUGAUGGGCCAGAUGCAAAUGAGCUCUUUGCAGAUGCCAGGAAUGAACACUGUGUGCCCUGAGCAGAUAAAUGAUCCAGCACUGAGACACACAGGCCUCUACUGCAACCAGCUGUCAUCCACUGACCUUCUCAAAACAGAACCAGAUGGAACCCAGGACAAGAAGACAGAAGAGUUCUUCUCUGUGGUGACUACAGACUAGAGGAAUGCUCUACAGGUGCAACAGGUUCAGGUGUUUGCUGACGUCCAGUGUACAGUGAAUCUGGUAGGCGGGGACCCUUACCUGAACCAGCCUGGUCCACUGGGAACUCAAAAACCCACAGCAGGACCACAGACCCCCCAGGCCCAGCAGAAGAGCCUCCUUCAGCAGCUACUGACUGAAUAACCACUUUUAAAGGAAUGUGAAAUUUAAAUAAUAGACAUACAGAGAUAUACAAAUAUAUUAUAUAUUUUUCUGAGAUUUUUGAUAUCUCAAUCUGCAGCCAUUCUUCAGGUCGUAGCAUUUGGAGCAAAAAAAAAAAAAGGAGUUCACUUUUGUUGGGAGAUUGAGAGAUGUUUUUGUUUCUUUCUUUGUAAAGGCCUUGGAUAUUGAAAAAAUAACAAGGCAGAACAGUUGGACAAUCUAUUUCUUGAGCCAAAUUUAAUUAUUCUUAUUUUUGUAAUCAGUCAUUGGCUUCUUAUCUGGAUGAAGGCUUUUGGAGGAGAACCAGAACGACAAGUUCCAAGGGGAUGAUGAAGCUCCGCCUCCACUGGCUCAGUCCCCACCCUGCCAAGGAAGAAGGGCCCGGUGGGCUUUGCCUGUGUCCAUCCACCAAAGGCUGUCACGUGUCUCUAAAUCAACAGCCCUCCCCUUCCCAACCCCAGGCAGCUUGUGUGUACAAUCAGCUUCUUCUAGCAACUCUCUCUCUGUUGGCUUCAAGAGAAUAUUUUGCCUCCACAUGUGUACUCCUUCUCCUUUUUUUAAAGAUGGAUUUAAACCAAGAUGCCUCCAGGAUCGAGGACGAAAUGAGUAUAUUCACAGAAGAAUCCAAAAAAAUACAGUUUGGGGGAAAAUGCAAUAAUUUUUGAUGAGAUGGGUGAAGGACAAGAAGUGAGUUUUGUCAAUUACUGUAGAUACAAUUUUCUGAUUCAAUCUGGAAAAAAAGGCAGCCUGUUCUUUCUGCUUUUAUUGUAUUAACAGCUGAGGUAGCUAAAGUUAUUUAAAAUAAAAUUAAAUUUAUGAUCCAAGUAGCUUAUUUUCCCCUUUAAAUCUCACUGUAAAUAUAUUUGAUUUCUUGUAGAAAUUGAUUUCCUUCUGUUUAAUUUUAUGGUUUUAUUAUCAUACUCUUGAUUUUUCUAAAUUUGUGUGUGAAAUAUAACAUUGAUUGAAUUGCAGUUACAUUUGGCUAGUAAUAUUUCAUUAUUUUAAUAACUGUGACGCCAUGUAUGGAUUUACUUUGGGGUUCAAAUCAAAAUGCCACUGCCAGAAAGAGCUGUUCCAGGUGAGCUAGAGCACACUGCCCUAGAGUGCCCCUGGGAUCAUGCAACUUGAGAGCAGUGCAAGGAAUUAUCACCAGAAGUACACAGGCUACUUGUACAGAGAAAAAUUAGUACUCCAAGAAAAUCUUCAUUUUUUUUUUAGGUUGACUUUGGGAAUUCGAAUUUUCAUCAGUAAAAAUAUAAUUUCUCUAUCCUGCUCUGAGGGUAAUUGGUACCAUAUUUUCCCUUUGUGUCUUGUCACUCUGCCAAGUCUUAUCUCAUCCUGGUCUCUGAGUCAAGGACCCAAUGAACUGACUUUCUAGUUCUAGAAGUUCCACCGCAAGGCCAGGAAAACUUGAGAAAGGUUUUGUGGAAGAAGCAAAGGUAGACCCCAUCACUCGCCUUUACCUGCACCUCUGGGCCUGUGAAUGAUGACAGCAUCUGACAUUGUGCACCAGCUACCUCUGCUUCCAUGGUAGAGAAAAGGCCAUAAGAACUAACAAUGGAAGAGGAGCGUGGACUCAGACAUCAAGGAAGAAGCCAUUUUCCCAGGUCCUCCUUUCUGCAUCUCACCACCCCUAGUUACAAAUAACUCCAUUGAACAGCAUCUAUUCAAAAACUAUACUGAAUAAAAAGAUUGGUGGAAGGGCUCACAUGGGUAGCAACUAUGAAACAGAAGUAGGACACUCAGUUACAAACAUUGUGUCUUUUAGUUUUUCAGAAAAUGCAUCCCUGAUUUCAUUCAUUCCCAGCUUGAAAGCCCAGCCAUAUUACUCUAGUCCCUACCAAACUGCUCUACAAGGUCAUUUCUGUUUUGUUUGUGAUAUUUAGACGUGCAAACUUCAGGAAGUUCACCUUUAACUUCAGCAUUCCAGAUGAAGUUUCCUGACCCAGUGCUUUUGCAUAAGGAACUAGAAAAAAAAAGUGGUAAGGAAAAUUGGAGAUGCUAAUAACAUCCUCCCCCCAUCCCAACUGCACCUUAAAGUAUGCAUGUCACCUUCAAGGUUUUAUAAUUGCACUGUUUGUUUUAUGUAUGUACAGAUUAAAAUUAUUGCUACAUUUGAGGAAAAUAAAAUUGCUUGCUUCUA